AACACAUCAUCCGCGUGCCACCCGCCGCCGCCGCUUGUUCCUUUCCACCUACCACUACUCCUACGAGUACCUACUUUGUUCAGCCAGCAUACCCUAACCGUAGCCCUACCACGUAGUAUUUCAAAUUUCGCCGCGACCAUGGCUUUCUCGCUCUCCACUCGCGUCAAGCUCUCCAAUGGCCUCUCCAUGCCGCAGAUUCAUCUCGGCGUCUACAUGAUGCACGGCCGAGAGACGACCCAAGCUAUCCAGUGGGCGCUCGAAGCUGGAUAUCGUGCGAUCGACUCGGCCCAGAUGUACCAUAAUGAACGCGAAUCAGGCCAGGCGAUCAAAAGCUUCCUCACAAGCAGCGGUUUGAAACGCGAAGACGUCCACUUUACGACGAAAUUGGCGUCCAACGGAACGUACGACGCCGCCAGACGCUCAAUUAAGCAGUCACUGAAGGCCUGUGACCUCGGAUAUAUUGAUCUAUUUUUGCUACACAGCCCCUAUGGUGGGCCUGAGGCCAGACUCGAGAGCUGGCGGGCGGUCGAGGAUGCGAUCCAAGAGGGCGAGAUCAAGUCGGGCGGAGUCAGCAACUACGGUGUCAAGCACCUGCGAGAGCUGCUCGACUCCAAACCCCGCAUUUUGCCGGUCGUCAACCAGAUCGAGGUGCACCCGUUCAACACGCGCACCGACAUCACGACCUUCUGCCAGCAAAACAAGAUUAUAGUCGAGGCGUACGCGCCUCUGGUGCGCGCGGAGAGGAUGGAUCACCCAGUCAUCUUGAAGCUAGCGAAGAAGUAUGGUUGCAACCAAGGGCAGUUGCUUGUCCGCUGGAGCGUGCAGCACGGCUUUGUUCCCCUCCCCAAGAGUGUUAACCAAAAGCGCAUCAUCCAGAACGGUGAUAUCGGCGGGUUCGAGAUUGAGGAGAAGGACAUGAAGGAGAUGGACGGAUUGGACGAGUAUCUGGUCACAGACUGGGAUCCGACGGACACGGCGUGAUGGGCAUCGGGGAGAGACGGAGCGUGGUGUGAGGAAUGAUGGAGAUGGUUCCCACGGUAGUCUUGCAACGGCCGUUACCGGAGGGCGCUUGUCGAGGCAGUGGGGGUUGCCUUGGGCCGGAAGGACAUUUCAAUGACAGCGUGGAAAUACAGCUUGUCGGAGCCGGAGAUGGAAUUUUCAAUGGCCUCGCGUGAUGCUCGGGACCGGCGCGGUGGCGCGAGGCUGUCAGCGCGAUUCUGUAACGUAACGGCUUGCCGAGUGGAUGGGGCGAGACGGGCGGCGGCCAAUGGCUAGACAGUGGCUUAUCAGGCACGCUCUCAGGGUCGACCAUGUUAUCGAUACCGCCCGCUCC